GGCGAGAACAGAGCAGUGUGCGCGGAAUGACGUCAUGUGACGGAUCGGUCCCGCGUGCACUCACUCAGUGCUGCUCCGCUCCGCAUCCCUCAGCGGACUCUCUGCGCUCUUGUUUGGAAGACCAAUCCUGGAGCAAAAGUACCAUCUCUGGAUUUGUGCUUUUUGAGGAUUUUACAAGACCCUAUUGUGAUGUAAAGCUGCAAGAACAUGCCGCUGUGUCAUAUGAAAGUUUCCAGAUCAUCAGGAAAACGAAUUUGUGAAUACAGAAAUGUGUAAUUAUGAAGUUGGGGUCGCUGGACACAGGGGCCCUUCCCCCCGUCUCGAUGCCUGUCACAGAGCAGCCAUGCUGGGCUUCAUCUGAAGGGAUGCACCAUGGUGUGAUCACACGUCUGUCUUACCCCAGCCUCAAUGAAUCGCACGAAUGAAUGUACAUUACUGUGGCAAAGGGAAUUAGCUCAGUUGCAUAGGGACUUUGGAUUUGGGAAUACCGGAACCAGUCGGAGAGCGUUGGAUUUUUAUUUGAAGAAGUGCAGCGGAUUCUUCAAGGAGUGUUUUUGGAAGAUGUCUGAGAAAGGAGCCGAGGCGUCUACAUCUACAAAGCGGAAGCAGGUGAUUCAUGGUCUGGAAGAUCAGAAAAAGAUCUACACGGACUGGGCGAAUCACUACUUGGCCAGAUCGGGACACAAGCGGCUGAUAAAAGACCUGCAGCAGGAUGUGAGCGACGGCGUGCUGCUGGCUGAGAUCAUCCAGGUCAUCGCAAAUGAGAAGAUUGAGGACAUUAAUGGAUGCCCCAAGAGUCGUUCUCAGAUGAUCGAGAACAUUGAUGCCUGUCUGAGUUUCCUGGCAGCCAAAGGUGUGAACAUACAGGGACUUUCAGCUGAAGAGAUCCGGAAUGGAAACCUGAAAGCCAUAUUGGGGCUCUUCUUUAGCCUGUCUCGAUACAAGCAGCAGCAGCAGACGACGAACAGACAGACGCACACACAACACACACAUCCACACACUCCCUUAAGCCAGCAGAGCAGCGCCCCGGCCCAGCUGACCUCCACCUCACAUGGGACGCACACACACAAAACACAGCCAGAGAUGCAGUCCAGGGAUGGCUCUCAGAGCAAACUCAAGUUUUCCAUUGGUCAGAAAAAGUCUUCUAGAUUGCCUGGCCCCACCUCGAGGAUGUCCACUGCAGGCAGUGAGAGUUCUCCUCGAGGGUCCAUCAGUUCAGCAGGGAAUCGCCGCAGUCAGGUGUUCAGCGAUAAAGCCAAACCUGCAGCAGCUCAGGCCAAAGAAUCAUCAGAGAGUGUCUCCUCACAAGGCGUGACUGAGCACACUCUGUCAUCCCCUGCGUCCGCCUUCACCUCUGUUAGCACCAGCACUGUGGCAUCUUCAUCAUCAUCAGCCAUCCCCCAGCCCAACUCAAGUAACAAACCCUGGAGAAGCAAAUCUCAGAGCACCAAGCACACUGCUACCUCCACCGCUCCCUCCACGGUGCUUUCCAUCAAACCAGAUCUCCAAGCCAAGCAGCCCGUGCCUGCAGAGCCCCCACCGAAAGCUGUGCCUCAGAAGUCCAUGCUGGAGAAACUCAAACUUUUCAACAGCAAAGGAGGCUCCAAGUCAUCUACGCAAGCAGAGGGCGCCGUUACGCCGACAGAGUCAAAAGUUGAAAGAGUCGAGAUUGGUUACAAUACAAAACCCACUGAGGAAAUGGAUGGUAAUGUCAGGCCCACGAACGGAUCGAGUGCCGUUAUGACGACAACCAGCAGCCCAAAGAUUGCACUAAAGGGCAUCGCACAACGGACUUUUAGCCGGGCACUCACAGCAAAAAAAGCCUCAACUAAAUCCAUAGAUAAAGAAAAGGAAAAAGAACGAGCUAAAGAAAAAGACAAAAAUGGAAAAGAGGGGUCAAAGCGUGUUCCUUCCUUAGAAAAGGUAGAGAUCAAAGAGGAAGUUAGGGAGGAAGUUGUUCCCUCAAGCAGGGUUGCUCCCUCCGAGGCAGAGCCCAGGAAAGCCUCUAAGAUCGCCAGCUUCAUACCCAAAGGCGGCAAAGUGGGAGGCAACAAGAAAGAUAGCCCUGCCCCUGUGCAAAGUGGAAUUCCAAAACCAGGAAGUAAAAACACUGGAAAUGGAGCGGUAAAAAGUUCAGCGUUGCCCCUCGGUGGUAAAGACAAUGAGAGGCCUCGCAGUAUGCGUCUGGGAGGGGGACUGGGACUUCAUAGGGACAGCCGGCAUUCCUCGUCCUCUUCCAGCCUGGCUUCCACUGAGGGGAAAGGACACCACAGCGCCGCCCCUGUGGCCAACGGAACACAAUCCACGGCCUGCAACACAAUCAGUGUGCAGCUGCCUCAGCCACAGCAGCAGUACAGCCACCCCAACACAGCCACCGUAGCACCCUUCAUGUAUAGGUCACACAAUGAUGCAGAUGGACCCAUAGGCACAAACCCAAGCUCUGGAUGUCGUAGUAGUGAUUCCAGUAGCUUCAGUAAGCUCAACCAGUCUUCUACUGAGGACCUGUCAGGUGAAGAUCCAGAGACCAGACGUCUGAGGACGGUUAAAAAUAUUGCUGACCUGCGGCAGAAUUUAGAAGAGACCAUGUCAAGUUUGCGGGGGACGCAGAUCACACACAGCACACUGGAGACCACUUUUGAUGGUAGUGUUACUACUGAAAUGAGCAGUCGCAGCAUCCUCAGCAUGGCAUCUCGCCCUGCGCCACUGUCCUGGGCCAGUCGCAUGGGUCAGUCCAGCCCCCGUCUACAAGCAGGAGAUGCUCCCUCGGUUGGUAACGGGUAUCAGUCCCGCAGUGGAGGUGUGGCGUCCGGCCAGGGCCGGUAUCUGUACCCGGCUCCUCUACGGAAGCAGCUGGCAGCGCGUGGAAGCGCCCUCUGUGGCCUGGAGCUGGGAGACAGGGUGGAGGAUCUGGAGCUGGCAGGUGUGGGGCUGGAGAUGAGCGGCUACAUGAGUGAUGGAGACGUGCUGGCUAAGAAUGCCCGCUCUGAUGAGCUGACCAGUGGGUACAUGACGGAUGGGGGACUGAGUCUGUAUACACGACGACUGAACCGUUUGCCGGAUGGAAUGGCAAUGGUACGGGAAAGUCUGCAGCGUAAAGCCUCCACCGGCCAGGGAGACGCCGACAGUUGGGAUGACAGUAGUUCAGUCAGCAGUGGGAUCAGUGAUGCUAUUGAUACUGAUGACAUCAACACCAGCUCCUCUAUAAGCUCUUAUGCCAACACCCCCGCCGCGUCCCGUAAGACUUUGAACGGACAGCCUCAGACAGAUGCAGAGAAGCAUUCAGCAACCGAACGCAACACUGCUCGGUCCAGUGAUGAGGGCAAGAUGAAGUCAGACGGGGGUUUGGAUUGCGGCAUCAAAAUGGAAGCGGCUCUGAAGUGGCGGCGGAACCCUUCAGAUGUUUCGGAGGAGUCAGAUAAGAGCAGCUCUGGACGGAAAACUGCACCAAUCACUCAGACGGGCUCCUGGAGGAGGGGCAUGAGUGCGCAGGUGGGCGUGACCGAACCACGGACAAAGAGUACAACUGUAACAUCAGGAACUGGGAUGAUUAAGACACAAGGGACAGGUAAAACAGAUGACGCCAAGGUCUCCGAAAAAGGCCGCAGGUCUCCCAGUUCCAACAUCGUCCAGCAUUCCUCCUCGGAUGCCGGUCGAAGCAGCGAAGAUGAAGCCAAGAAAACGUCCACAGGCCGAGUCCCCACAAGCACAUUUGGUUUCAAGAAGCCUAAUGGCGUCCACGGGCCGACCACUGUAGUGACCACCUCCAACUUCACUCUGGUGACAGCGAGUGGCGCCACCAUUACCAGCGGCUCCGCCACCCUGGGCAAGAUUCCCAAAUCCUCUGCCCUUCUGGUCGGAGGGAGAGGGACGUUAAAAGGGGCUGUGGAUGGUUUAUUGCCCCCUCAAGAAGAUGGCUACCUGUCCCCCAGUGCUCGUUCAAUGCUGCAGUACCGAAGUCUACCUCGACCUUCUCGUUCUGGAGCUGCGGCCCGUAACGGAAACCGAUCGUCCACAAGCAGCAUCGAGUCAAGCUUGAGCUCCCGGACGCAUGUCCUUACUGCCGCCACGACCAGCAAACCGAGAGAUUCUGGCACUAAAAUCAACGGACACACAAUCCAAGCCAAUCAGACGGACAAAGAGAAGGGCGUUUCGGGAGGAGGGGCGGCAACUAUCCCACUGACAGCGAGACAGGGAAACAAGUAUAGCGAGGUCUCGUCUCCAACAUUAAGAAGACUUUUUGGUGGUAAGGCUGCUAAACAGCCCCCAGUUACCUCUGCAGAGAGCAUGAAAAACUCAGUCGUCAUCUCCAACCCCCACGCUACCCUUGGGCACACCCAGUCCUCCGGUGGGCCCUUGGACUCCCCCUCCACAAUAUCAGGCAGCGGCGCCAGCAGUCCCCUGUACGGGGGUCGCGGCGCCAGCGUAGGGGGCAGCGAACAAGCUUCGAGCCCUGGUUCGGUGUACUCAACGGGGACUGGGACCUGGGGCACCACUAUCAGCAGCUCUUCGGCCCUCGGCUACCCCUCCGUCAGCAGCAUGCACACCAGCAGCGAGUCCAUCGACAUGUCAGUGGGCAGCGGGCAUCACCGUGAAGAUGUCCACCUGGCACUGAUGAGGACGGGUAGUGCCAAGACAGGCAUGUCAGAGAGUCCCCUCUCCUCUCCCUCUGCAAGUCCUAAAUUCAGCCGUAACACAUUGCCCCGGAAGCAAGACAGGUACGCCCCUUCACCACAUCUGCGUCAGGAAGAGGCACGUGAUUGGCUGCGCUCACAUUCGGGCAGUGGAUUGCAGGACUCUGCCAGUAACUCUCCCUUCUCCACCGGCUCCAGCUUGACGUCACCAUCUGGAACGCGGUUUAACUUUGCUCAACUUGGAAGCCCCACCACGGGUGCUCAGAUUAAUCUAGCCAGCCUGCGCAACAACAGCCUGACCAAUCAGGACAACCCGCUGGACAGCCAUGGUGAUUCCCGUCUGCGCAACUCCUGCAUGUCGCUGGAUGAGAAGAACCGAACCAUGAGCCGGUCGGGAUCCUUCAGGGACGGGUUCGAGGAAGUUCAUGGAUCAUCCCUCUCGCUGGUGUCCAGCACCUCUUCUGUCUAUUCAACGACCGAGGAGAAAUCACAGUCAGAGAUCCGCAAGCUGCGUCGAGAACUGGACGCCUCCCAGGAAAAGGUGUCCGCCCUGACAACGCAACUCAGUGCUAAUGCCCACCUGGUGGCAGCGUUUGAGCAGAGUUUGGGCAACAUGACCAUCCGACUCAAGAGCCUCACAAUGACUGCAGAACAGAAAGACUCUGAGCUGAAUGAGUUGAGGAAAACAAUUGAGCUGCUAAAGAAGCAAAACGCAGUGGCUCAAGCGGCCAUCAACGGCGUCAUCAAUACUCCAGAACUCACCUGCAAGAGUGAACGCACAGGUAAUAACGGAGCGCAGCCGGACCUGCGCAUGCGUAGACAGCACUCAUCUGACAGCGUCUCCAGCAUCACCAGCGCCACCAGCCACUCCAGCCUGGGCUCCAACAUGGACAACCCUGACUCCAACAGCAAGAAGAAGAAGAAGAACUGGCUGCGGAGCUCCUUCAAACAGGCCUUCAGUAAGAAGAAAUCACCCAAAUCAGCUUCGUCCCACUCAGACAUUGAGGAGAUGACAGAUUCCUCUCGCCCUUCCUCUCCCAAACUCCCUCACAACGGCACCAGCACCUCGGCUCUGCGGCUCCGCAACACACACUCCAGCUCAAUGCUGUCCGACUGUCUGGAUGGGGAGGCGGAGACUGUGAUGCAGCUGCGCAGCGAGCUACGAGAGAAGGAGAUGAAGUUGACGGACAUUCGAUUGGAAGCCCUAAGCUCCGCCCACCAGCUGGACCAGCUGCGGGAGGCUAUGAACCGCAUGCAGGUGGAGAUCGAGAAGUUAAAGGUGGAAAAUGACCAUCUUAAGUUGGAAAGCCAAGCCAGUGGGAGCAGAGCGUCCUCUCAAGUGUCCGUCUAUAACCCGACCCUGACCCCUACACCUGGCCUGUCUCAACACAGCCUCAACCUCACAGAGUCCACCAGCUUCGACAUGUUGUUGGAUGACUCUGGUGGAGACGGAAGCUCUCGUAAAGAGAGCAGACAUGUGAAAAUAGUUGUCAGUCUUCAAGAGGACGUCACAUGGAAAGAGGACUGCAGGACUCGAGACUAUCUGAUUGGCUGCAUUGGUGUCAGUGGAAAAACCAAGUGGGACGUUCUGGAUGGGGUCGUACGGCGCUUGUUUAAGGAGUAUAUUAGACAUGUAGAUCCGGUCAGUCAUCUGGGUCUGGGUUCAGACAGUGUGGAGGGUUAUCGUAUUGGAGACGUGAUCCGGUCCGGAGGAGCAGACACACCUGAACUCCUGCCCUGUGGAUACCUCGUGGGAGAGAAUGACACAAUCAACAUCUCGCUGAAAGAUGUGAACUCUCAGUCGGAGGAUUCUCUGGUCUUCGAGACGCUGAUCCCCAAACCCAUGCUCCAGCGCUAUGUGUCUUUGCUCCAGGAACAUCGCAGGAUCAUCCUUUCAGGCCCCAGCGGCACUGGGAAAUCCUAUCUGGCCCACAGACUGGCAGAGCAUCUGGCGCUGCGAGAAGGCAGACUGCCCAAUGAGAGCAACAUCGUCACCUUCAACGUCGACCAUAAAUCCAGCAAGGAGCUGCGUCAGUACUUGGCUAAUAUAGUGGAGCAGUGCAGCGCUGACGGACAGGACACUGAAGCCCCUCUGUUGCUAAUUCUGGACAACCUUCAUCACAUCAGCUCACUGGGAGAGAUCUUCAACGGCUUGCUGAACUGCAAAUACCAACGCUGCCCGUAUAUAAUCGGCACGAUGAGUCAGGCGACAUCUUCUGCUCCAAACCUGCAGCUUCAUCAUAACUUCAGAUGGGUGCUGUGUGCUAACCACAUGGAGCCGGUAAAAGGUUUCCUUGGCCGGUUUCUGAGGAGGAAGCUGAUCGAGACAGAGAUCGGCAGCCGAGCACGUAACCCGGAGCUGGUGAAGAUCAUAGACUGGAUCCCUCAGGUCUGGCACCACCUCAACCGCUUCCUGGAGGCCCACAGCUCCUCCGAUGUGACCAUUGGUCCACGUUUGUUCCUGUCAUGUCCGAUGGAUGUGGACGGUUCUCGUGUGUGGUUCACUGACCUGUGGAACUACUCCAUCAUCCCCUACAUGCUGGAGGCUGUGAGAGAAGGCUUACAGCUGUAUGGUCGCAGAGCUGCAUGGGAGGAUCCUGCGCUGUGGGUUCUGGAGACUUUUCCAUGGGCAGCCUCUCAUCAGCACCCUGAUUGGCCAGCUCUGCUGCAGCUCCGCCCAGAGGACGUGGGCUUCGAUGGAUACUCCGCCUCCAGAGAGGGCCUUAACAAACAGAGUACUCAGAGUGACAGUGAUGCCGACCCGCUGAUGAACAUGCUCCUGCGUCUGAAAGAGGCGGCCAGCUGCUCCAGCCCGCAGAGCUAUGACAGCGACUCCAAUAGUAACAGUCAUCAUGACGACAUCCUGGACUCUUCGCUGGAGUCCACGCUAUGAUCCAGCCUGAUCCGUUAUGCCAUUUAACUCCUCGACUCUAAUCAAGUCAUUACAUCACAUCUACGGGUGCUGGUAACCCACUUCAUAUAUACAAAUAUAUAUAUAGAGAGAGAAAUAUAUAUGCGCCAAAACCCAACGAUACUUCAGUGUGAUUUUUAUUUUUAUUUUACAACAACAAAAUCAGAAGAAAGUGCUUUGUCCCAAUUUUUACCUCAAAAGUAGAAGUGCGGUCACAUUAGCUCAAUUUUAUGGACAAAAAGGGUUCACUGUCUGCCGUCAAAAAUGUAGCGGUGUGUGAAAUAGAGCUCA